AGUGUUCACCUCCCCACCCUUCUCCACUCUCGCAGUUCCCCCUUUCCAUCUCCCUCAUUUGGCUUCAGCCAGAGUGCAUCCGCGGUGGGAUCUUAUUUUGGGGGUCAGCUUUGAUGUUCGUUUUUGUACUUUGCCUCCAUGAUGUUAGGUGCAGUGAAGAUGGAAGGACACGAAGCAUCUGAGUGGAGCAAUUACUACGGAGAACCACAAGAGGCCUACUCGACGAUGCCGGUAAACGGCAUGAACCCGGGAUUGGGCACCACCUACAUGGGCAUGAACAGUAUGGGCUCCGGCGGCAACAUGACCGCCGGCUCCUUCAACAUGUCCUACGGGAACCCGGCCAUCGGCGCCGGCCUCGGCUCCCCCGGCAUGGGCGGAGGGCCAGCCGGCAUGGGCGCCGGCAUGACAGCCAUCAGCCCCGGCUUGAACGCACAGCAGAACUCCCUGAACGGCCUGAGCCCUUACCCGGGGAUGAGCUCCAUGUCUUACCCGCAGGGCAACGGGAGCCGGCCCCGGGACGCCAAGAGCCUGCGGCGUUCCUACCCUCACGCCAAGCCGCCUUACUCCUACAUCUCGCUCAUCACCAUGGCCAUACAGCAAGCGCCGAGCAAGAUGCUGACCCUGAGCGAAAUCUACCAGUGGAUCAUGGAACUCUUCCCCUACUACCGGCAGAACCAACAGCGCUGGCAGAACUCCAUUCGACACUCGCUCUCCUUCAACGACUGCUUCAUCAAAGUGGCCCGCUCGCCCGACAAGCCGGGCAAGGGGUCAUACUGGAGCUUGCACCCGGACUCGGGCAACAUGUUCGAGAACGGCUGCUACCUGCGGCGCCAGAAGCGCUUCAAAUGUGACAAGAAACCGUCAAUGAAAGGGGGUCCGGACGGCGCGAGGAAGGAGGAGGAGGAGCAGGAAGGGGAAUCCGGUUCGCCGUUGCCUAGGGGGAACAACAGCAUGAGCCGGGCCGAGCCCAACCCGGACACGGCGCCUCGCCUGGAGCUGAAGUGCCAGGCUCAGGUGGUGAGCUCGGCUCCGGUCCUCAGCGCAGCGCUGGAUCCGCUCCCACACCCGCUGUCGCUGGGCCAGCUACCGGCGGCCGAGCCGCACCACAUGCAUCCGCUGAAGGCGGACCCACACUUCUCCUUCAACCACCCCUUCUCCAUCAACAACCUCAUGUCGUCCGAGCAGCAGCACCAUCAUCACAAGAUGGACCUGAAGGCUUACGAGCAAGCGAUGCACUACUCCAGCUACGGUGGAGGCAUGUCCAGCGGGCUGCCCCUCGCCUCCAUGGGCAAGGGCGGCAUGGACCCCUUGGUGCUGGCCAGCGAAGCUUCAUACUACCAAGGUGUGUAUUCCAGGCCCGUCCUCAACACUUCCUAGUCAUGAAGCUAACCCCCCUCCCCCCCCCCCCCCCCCCCCCCCCCCCUGCAAAGUCAAUAAAACUUCUCCCUAACUGGGAUCGCUGCAAAAUGCAUCUUCUGUGCAGAGACUGUUACUUUGUAACCUGUACAUGUGUAGAAACUGUGGAAGUAUAAAGUAGCUGCAAACGUUAAAUCACAAUUGUACAUUUCACAAAGUCAGACACCUGCAGCAUGUUUUUAAUUUUUUUUUGUUUUGGAAACGUGCUGUAAGAUUUUUAGAAUCGGUUAUGUUAUGUUCUCCGCGUCUGCUCAAUGUUCCCCAUGGCUGCACACAAAGUCAUUGCAAGACUUGAAAAGAUGAAAAGGUGGUGGUAUCUAAAUUAAAACCAGCCUGCUUGGAGAAAAAUAACUAUGUUCAUUUUAUGAAACCGCUGUUCCCCACAGCCUUUCCGGACGUUGUACAGUUUUAAUGAAACUCGGCUCAUUUUGCAUGACCAUUUCAACAUUGGCGAACAUUUUUUUAAAGCGGGUUUAUUGUAAAAAUGAACCAAAUGUUACCUGCAUCAGGAACCUCGAAAAGUUACCUUUUUAUCGUUCCACAAUGACUUUUGACUUUUAUUUCUACUUGGUGUUCAUGCACUUUCCCCCUCGUUUUUAGCUGUCUAGAAAUGUCGGUGUUAGUACAUAGCCAGGCGGUCUCUCGCAGCUUGUCUCAAUGUGCCUAAUUUAUUGCAUGGUCAACUCUAGGUCCUUCAUAGUUUUAAGUUGUUUAAAAAAAUAAUAAUACAAAUGGAAUUUAAGGAGUUGUUAAUUUUGUAUUUGUAAUUCUAUGAAAACGAAUAAAAUUAUUUUGAUUUGAUGAGAAAAUAAAAAGUUAAUUCGCAAAAA